AGACGAUCGUGUACCGACAACGGCGCACGGCGCUUCACUUCAGUAUUGAUCGCGCGUUUGACGGUAAUAAGCCGUACCGACAAUGAUUCCGGAUUUCGAAUGUGUAUAACAAUAAUAAAGACUAUUUAGUAUGGAGUGAAGUGCUUAAUAGUUCAUCAUGUCGAAGAUCCCCGUCGACAGAAAUGGAAAGCUGCGCAUCCGAGGCAUCUACUCCAUGAAGAGUAUUGAUGUCAUCAAUCCCUCCAAGGACAAACAAGCCGACACAGCAGACAAGGCCAAAAACCUCGAUGCGGGGACUAAAGCGGGCAACAAAGAACUAUUCUGUAGUAACUACCUGAACCUAGUUCCAAAAAUGAGCUUAAGCUUAGAUAAAGGACUGGAGAAAAACCCUCGAAUAUUAGAUUUAAGGGAAAAGUUAAACGAAAUAACUAAAAAGAAGGACAGAAACGUGGACAAAGAAACUAAAGGACUGAUUAAUGGUAUCACCCAACUAGUUGAUGAAAAGGAACAAGACGAAUCUGGCCCUUACAGCCUCUUGUUCGAUCUUCAACCAUCCACGUUCAAAGAAAGUAUUGAAAAAGAUCUGCUGCAUUCGCAAAGCUUAAAGAAUUCGACUGUUUCUAUUAACAAAAGUGCCGAAAGGCUGCCCAACGUUAUAAAUUUCGACGAAAAACCGAUGAGAGAAUUCGAAUACUCAUGCGAAAAUCAAAUUACCUUCCCUGUGACGAAAACGUUUAAUACUCACUCAAGGUCUGACCUCUGUCUGCAACUCAAAUCGCAGAUAAAUCCUCGAAUAUAUGAUACGAAUUUGAGUCCCAAUGAUAAUUCACUUAAUAGGACUAAUGAAGAAAACUCACUCGAUGAUAGUUUGGGAAUCCUAACUCCAGAUCAGAUGGAUGAUAUUUGCUACCUAGAAAAUGCCUUUUCUCCAACUGUGGAAGGACUUCCGAUAUUCUGUGAUAACAAUGAAAGUAAAGUGUCGCCUGAUUGCAGUGACACUCCAUCAACUGAUAAGACUGACAGCAAUUCAGCAGUAUCGACGAUACAAAAUGAUGAGUUUGAAAGAAAUGACUGCACUGCUCCCAUAUCAAGAAACAUAGAAUCGGUAAAAUCCGAGAAAUUAUCGAAAUCUUGUGAUAAUUUAUCUGCUCAAAAUACUAACUGCUUAACGACUAAAAUCAAUAACUCAGUGACAAGCAUGGUUAAAGAAAGUAAAACGGAACAAAUAGACACUGCCAAAGACGAGUUAAUCCUAAAUGUGAUAGAUGAUGAGUUCAUGCCUUCUAUUCACAGCAGUAUUUUAGAGCCAGUCAGUUCCAUAGCUGAGACAACAGUAAAUCUAGAACUACCAUUAGACUGUAAACUUGAAAACCGUCUGGUAGUUCAAAGGAUAGAACAAACACCGUCACCUGAAGAUUUGCCUCUAGACAACUCUGACAUUAACGGCGAAAUUAGUUAUAACUCCCAAUUCUCUAACUCAACAUUGCAUGAUUCACAGACGUAUUCUGACAACAAGAACGACUACCAGAAAUCAAUGGAAACAUCUAAAGUUUCCAAUAGCUUUAUUACCAGUAUAACCAGUAUAACGAGUUUGGACGGUUAUCAAGGCGAUGGGGAAAUGUCGAGGCCAGUCAGCAGAACUGCGGACCAUUCCAUAGAACCCCGUGAAGCCAUAGAAAUGGAAUGGCAAAAUGUUCCUGUCACCAGGCGGCCAGAUCCUAUGACCGAUUCAGACUUCUUCACUGAAAGUGACGCAGAUGGCCUCGACGACCACAUGCACCGGGGAGAUAGAAAGGCACAAGUGAUAGACGGAGCUCUAUAUGGUGGGAAAAAUAGCAACGGUAACCCGCCUCUGAUGGUGAACAGGAAUGAUGAUUCAUGCAUGGAAUCAAGUGGUGUUUACACAGAUUUCGAGAAUCAUCGUCAGUCACCUGUGUUUUUAAAUGUCAUCGAUGACAUGUCUCCUGAGGGUUCGACACCAUCAACACAUUCUGAAUUAAGUCAAAAGAACAUUAAUUCAGGAGAAAACAAUAUUUAUUGCACUCCUAAGGAGUGUACGAACGAAGACUCAUUUAAAAGCCCGAUUGUAGACGAAGAUAAGACUCCUAAGAACUCCAGCAAGCGUAAUUCUCUGAACAGCGAGAAAGAUGUUAGAUCGAACGCUAAAAGCAAGGACGAAAAGAGGAGCUUUACACUUAAAAAGUACAAAAUGCCUAAACGUGAUGUGCCAAGCAAAUUAAAAACAAUGUUAGCCAAUCGAAAUACGGACGCCGAUAACAGUGUCCAAAGUACCCCGAAGACUGUGAAAAAGAUGGAUCGACGGGAAAGCCUAACCAAGAAGAAUUCGUUGGACAUAAAGACGGAUUACAAGAUGAAAUCUUUCAAAGACAUUAAGUCGAAGGUGGACUGCUCUUUCUCCUUGCAAAGAUCUCAAACUGCUUGCAGUGUUAGUAGGAUGUUAAGCUCCAAGUCUACAAACACGAACAAUAAGCCUAAGAGCCGCCACAUGCGUAUGCGCAUGGAGCUCGGCUCGGCUGCCGGCAGCGGCAAGAGCAGCCUCCACAGCUCGCAGAGCGAUCUCAGCGCCAGCACGCCGCUGGGGAAGCACCCGGCCAGCCGCUUCCCUCUUCUCAGAAACGGCAAGAAGCGGGACAGCGUCGCAGCGCCGACGCCCCCGCCUGCCCGCCCGCCCCCGACCCCGCCGCAGCCGCCCGCCCAGGCGAAGAAAAAUGGCGUCGUUCCGAAGCUGUCAUCUUCACCGGUCGCAGUGCGUGCGCGUACGUCUCUUGCGCCGCCGCCGUCGCCGCGCAAGCCCGCGGCGAGGCGCACUCCAGCGCAGAGGCCGAAUACAUUGCCGACUAACAACAACAAAGAACCGCCCCGCGUGACAGCGGCGGUGGGGCCCCGCAGUAAGCGGGCGCCGACGCCGGCGCGCGCCACGCCCGCGCUCGCGCCGCGCGAGACUCAGGCCGCAGCGCUCGCUCACGCCGCUAAGGGCGUCGAGGCGCUCGGUGUGCUGGUCCAGUAUUUAGUGUUUCGGUUGGACACACUAAAUGGCGGCUCGUGGCGACUCGAGGCCGAGCGGUGGCGGGGCGUGGCGGCAGCGGAGCGCACGAGCGCCGAGCGGGCCGACCACGACCGCCAGCAGCGGGCGCAGAAGGACCUCGACACAAUCGCUGAAUGCCUGGGCAAGAUAUCGGAGCUAGAAAUCGAGGUGUCGUCGAAGGAGGAGGCGAACGCUCGCCUGCAGGCCGCGCACGUCGACCAGGUCGCCUCGCUCGCCAACGACAUCAAAGGCCUGAAGGACACAAUUGAUUCCCUAAAGCGUGAAGUCGCCGAGAGCAGGGCGCGGCUCCACGCGCACAGCGAGAUCGAGCGCACCCUGCGCGCGCAGCUGGCGGCGGCGCGGGCGGAGAUCGAGCGCGCCGACACGCUGCGCGCCGUCUGCAACACAGCCUGCAACACCGUGUGCAACCUCACGGACGCCGCCUGCGACCCCGUCUGCUGCGAGGUGGAGGAGUGCGAGCUCAGGUUGAGCGCCAAUGAGGAGUUGAGCACUGACGCAAACGAGUUGGCGGCCGAGGUUCGCUCCCUUCGCGCCGUAAUCGAACUGAAGCAAGCCGAGAUGGCGUCCCUCCGCUCGGCGCGCACCGAGCUCGGCGCCGAGCGCGAGCGGCGCGCGCACGCCGAGCGCGAGGCGCGCGCCGCGCGGCACGCCGCCGAGGAGCUGCGCGAGCGCGCGGCCGCCCGCCAGCGCGACGCCGACCGCCUCCGCGACGACAACCGGAGGCUGCGGGAUGCCGCGGCCAGGGACAGGGACCAGGCCUCGAGGAUCGCGGCGCUGAAUGAGGAGCUCCGGUACAAACUCAGGCAGAAGUCGCAGGUGGUAUCCCUGCUAGCCGGCGGCGGCUACAUGGAGCGCGUGCGCGCGCGCACGUCGUCGGGUUCGUCGCUGCGCUCGGCGUCGCCCGAGUCGCCGCCGUCGCCCGCGUCGCCCGCGCCCGACGCGCCUGCGCCGGCGCUGCCCGCCGUCAAGGGCGUUGUCGAGAAACAAGACUCCGUCAGUUGGGUGCUGGAGAUCGAGGAGACGCCCGAGGAAGUCGCUUCGAGAUUGGCGCGCCGCUCGUCGUUCCGCACGUGCACGUCGGGCUCGCCGCUGUCGUCGGGCGUGAAGCGUCGCGGCGGCGGGUCGCCGGGCGGGUCGCCCGCGCCGCCCGCCUCGCCCGCGCCCAACGCCUCCAAGCUGUUCCGCCCCGGCGACCUCGACUUCCCGCCGCCGCCGCCGCCGCUCAAGGAGUCCGCCGGCGAGGCCAUCUACAUCUACGACGACCGCCAGUAUUGAGCUAACAGUGCUUUUGUCAAUAUUUAUUGCAAUAUCAGCACUGAGCGUACGAUACGCUAUACAGAUGCUUUCCUGGCUGGCUCUUGAAGGUGUUUCAAUCCGGAGACGUGGACUCGCAGCUGCCGAUAAAAAGAAUCCGCGGCGGGUCAUCUCCGUGAUUAUAUUGAGAGCGCGAGCCGAUGUGAUAUACUGCAACUAUAGGCCUAAGUAGAGUCGACUAUUGCCGGGCGCUUGUGAAGUUUUUGUACUAAUGCAAGGCCGGUACUAAACGCAAUAAGAAAUCCGUAAAAUCGUUUACACGAUGAUACGUUCCAGCUUUUAAAGUGUAAUGGACAGAUGCUUACAUACCUAUAUACGCAUGAUGACCUAGUAAAAACAGUAUAUACGCAAAUUGAUCUAAUGUAUUGCUCUUAGUCAGAUCGGAAGCUAUUCACAAAGACGUAAGAAGCGCUCUUGAAGUUUUGUACAACAAGUUGACAGUCCCAACAUUGACAGCUCAGGAGUAUACCGCACCUGUCAGCAGUUAAUGUGAUAUAGUAAUUAAUGUACGUACAAGUACAUACACUGUUUAUGAUCAGCUUCAACAUCAACAUAUGUAUGAACAGCGAGCAUUUCAGAUAAAUACUAUAAAAUCACAGUCGCAAUGUGCGUGCCGUCUCGAGAAGUUUUUUAAAGUAUUUUGUAUACAUAUGAACUGAAAAAAAGCACUGUCAGAGCGAUGUUGUGUUACAGUAAAUAUUGUGGGUGACUCGAGUACGGCAACCGUCAGUUUGUGUCGCUGACAAGUUCAGAUAUACCCGAAACGGAGCUUUAAUGAUAGCGGAAGAAGAAGUGAUACAGACGCAUCGCUGUCACAUGCUUCAAAUACAGUAUUGCACGGACUAAAAUCUCAUGUACGGAGCAAAUAUUAAGUGCGCCAUCGUCAACAUAAGUGUACUUGUAAAGGAAUGACGCUGGCAUUGGACUUGUUAUAUUCUUGCCGGUAUCGUUCGAGGAGUCAUAGUUUUAUAACGAAAAUGUGGGACCCGACCGGUAUGUCUUUAUAGUACCUACUUUAUAACAUAAGAUAUCUGGUAGUUAGAUGAUUGUUUGGAAAUAUAACAUAUUUAUUGUAAUCGAUAGUACCGAUUAUUUUAGAGAGCCUGGUUAUGCGCCGGGCAUAGUAAUUACAUUAAUACGUGUCUAACUGCUUUCAAAUUCUGGUCUUAAAAGUAAAACAUUUGAUUGGGCUUUGGAGGAGUGUUUUGUACCUGUGAAUUGCGUCGAUUUAUAAAGUGUCUUGCACCUUGAUCACAAUUGGAAUAUUGCCGUAGAGUUCAAAAUAUAACUCUAAUAAUAGUACUUAUACCUUGUAUUGUUUAAAUUGUCGUCUUCUCUCUUCUUAUUUGUUAUUUCAAGCACAUGUACCUUUGUUUUCUUUUUCCAUUCUAUCUCAAUCUUAAAUUCUUCUCCUAUAACGGUAGUUACCGCUCCUACCUCCUUCAAAUUCUUCAUACUUGAAAUUGGCGCAAUAAUUGUUUGUAUUUAUUUAUGUUAAGGUGUAAAAAUGUUUAUCCCGGGAUCUUCCGGGCUGUUGUCGGCGCUGUAACAUUUUGUAUUGUUUUGUAUUCAUUACUUAUAUUUAUAACUUGAUUAUAGUUUAUCGUGGUUGUUGGCACUGUAUUAUUUUUAUGUACAAUUAACAAUUUUAAUGAGAAAUUAACUUACUUAGAUUUAAGGAAGUACUGUGUUGAACUGUAAGAAUUAUAAUAACCGCAGUAGUAUGAUACACUAGCAUGUUAAGAUUGUUCCCUUGCAUCGUCUGUCUCAGUUUCACUUGUGUAGUGUGAAAGAGAUGGACGGUGUUUAAAGGGAUUAUUCUUACCAUGGUAGCCACUUGAUUCUGAUAUAGAGUAGUCAGACCGCCCCAUGAACGCUGGCAUACCCUCCGGUCUGAAAACAUGAUUCGUACCAAAGAGUCGCGUUUACCUACUCUAUAUAAUGUUCCUUAAUUUCUUAGUGUGUCCAUUUUGCAUGUGCAUUAAAGUCAGGUAAUAUUAAUUUUUAUUUAUUUUUAAGCUAAUUAAUAAUACCAUUCCAAAUUAAACAUUGUAAGAGUAAUAAAUGAUAAACAAUAAAAUAAACUAUGUCGAAAUAA